AUGUUGUCUGGCGCUCUAGCCUUCCUGACCAACGAGCAGAAAUUGAUUGACUGCCGUAAUCAACAAGUGUUAAUUUCAGAAUCCUUGACAAGUUUCCGUGUUAUCAGUGAUAUUCAAUUCAUAAUUGUCGUUGAGAAGGAUGCCAUGUUCAAAAAACUAAUCGACGAAGGUUAUUUUACAACUUUUCCGAGGAGUCUGCUUGUGACGGGAAAGGGAUAUCCUGAUAUAUGCACUCGUAAAGUUCUGCGUUGGUUAGUCGAGAAAUUAAAUGUUCCAAUCUACGGCUUAUUUGACAGCGAUCCCCAUGGUAUCGAGAUAAUGUUGACUUUCAAAUACGGCUCUGUAUCAGAUUCCAGAGAAGGAAGAGGGUGCAAUGUAAAAGAAAUCCAGUGGCUUGGAUUUAGACCAUCAGAUAUCUCGCAAUUGCCCAUUGUGCGACAUCAAUAUUUGAAGCUUGGUAAUCACGACUUUAUGAAAAUAACGAAGAUUCGGCGAAGAGCUCAAGGAUUGGGAGAACGCGAUAUCGUUACUGAG